AUUAGUUUCUGAGUGCGAUAUCAGUUGUUGUUUUUUUUAUUUUCUCGACUUCAUUAGAAAUUAAUAAACGACAUAAUAUUAAAUUUGAUACUUUUGAUGAGAUUUUGAAUAAAUAGGAAACGUUGGAUAAUCGAAUUAAAAUCUAAAUGUGGACGCUGUCAAAAAUGAUGGGAAUAUUGUUUAAUUUCAAAUUUUUCACCAAGACACAAGAAGAGCGCGAGUGGCCACAAGCGCUGGCCAUUGUAACAGCUAGUAUGGCAGCUUUCGUCGCUGGAUUAUUAACAUCGUGGUCAUCUCCGUUUCUCAUAAAAAUCACGAACGACAAAGUGAGUUAUAACAUAUCAGAAAAAGAUGCUUCUUAUUUCACAAUUAUCCAACCAACAGCCAUGGUUCUAACCUGCGUGAUAUUUUCAAUACUAUGUGAUAAAAUAGGAAGAAAAAGGACCUUGUUGCUUAUAACGGUUCCGCAUUUAUGCUCCUGGAUUCUAGCUGCCGUAGCGAAAAAUGUUUACGUAUUCUACGCUUCUAGAUGUUGUGCCGGUAUAGGAGACGGUUGCUUAUUCGCGGCGUUGCCGAUGUAUAUAGGAGAAGUAGCGUCACCGAAAGUUAGAGGAACUUGGGGAAACUGUUUAGUAUCGUCUAUGUAUUUAGGCGAAUUUGUGAUACAAGCUAUGGGUUAUUUUUUAAACGUUAAACAAACCUCUUACGCAUGUAUGCCAAUAAGUAUAUUAUUUUUCGUUUUAUUCUGGUUUAUGCCCGAAUCUCCUUAUUAUCUAAUAAUGCAAGAUUGCGACGAAGAAGCGAAACGAGCUUUGGCAUUUUUAAAUAGGAAGCUAGAUGUAGAAGAUGAUUUUCAGAAAUUACGAAUGGAUGUUAAACGUCAAAUGUCUGAAGCUGGUACUUGGAAAGAUCUAUUCACGAUAAAAAGUAAUCGAAAAGCUUUAAUUUCCGCUAUAUUUCUAAGAUCUUCUCAACAACUAGGAGGUACUACUGUUUUCAUCAUGAAUAUUGAAUUUAUAUUCGAGAAAUCUAAAGGUGGAGUUAGUCCUCAAGUCUCGUCAAUGAUUUAUUUAGGACUUUGUCUUUUAUUAAAUAUAUUAGUAAUUGUUUUCGUCGUAGAAAGACUUGGUAGGAGAUUAUGCUACAUAUUAUCGCUUUCUUUAGCAUCCAUACCGUUAUUAGUUCUAUCUGUAUAUUUCUUUAUAGAAAAAUACGUGUCUGAUGUUGAUUUGGGAUUUUUGAAUUGGAUACCUAUCGUUGCGAUGAUUUCUUAUCAAAUUUGUAAUUCGUUCGGUAUGGCAGUUAUACCAACUUUGAUGUUGGGGGAAUUAUUUUCUACCAGCGUCAAAUCUAAAGCUAUGACCGUACUGAUGAUAGAUUUUGGAUUGAUGAUAUUCGUUACGAACAAUGUAUUGCACGCUUUACAAUCUGUUAUAGGUUUAUGUGGACCUUUUCUACUUUUCGCUGUUUCUAAUAUAAUUUCGGCUUUCAUGACUAUGUGGUUGGUGCCUGAAACUAGGGGUAAAACCUUGGAACAAAUUCAACAAUUGUUGAAAAAAGAAGUGGACGAGAGAAUUGAAGUAGUACGGAUAUAAUUUGAUUAGAAAGACGGAAUUGCGAUGUUUUAUUUGAGCAAUGGAACGGCUUUUAUACUUUUAUUUUCAUGUUUACUUAAAGGAAACAGACACAAAAAUUCUUGAAACGCAAUAAUAAUGUAAAAUAUAACAUUUGGCGACGAAGAUGGGAUAAGAAAUGACGCCUUUUU